CACCAGCGAAGAAGAAGCUUCAGUUCCUGCUUGUCUGAAACAACAAGAGAAAAACAGCUUGGUGUUUUUUCUCAGCGGGUUUUCUCUUCUCAACAGAAUCAUGUUUAAGGGUCUGGGGACGUGGCUGGGCUUCGAGAACCAGGCCUACAGCAGGGAGGACUGCGCAGGCGCGGAGCUGCAGCAGGAAGAGAAGGUGGUGGAGGCUCAAAAUGAAGUAAACAAACAACAAUCAGCUGAUCUGGAACAACAAACACCUGAUCCGGACCAGAACACUCCUGGGGAGAGGGAGCAGCACUCACCUGGAGGGAUGGACGGACCUGAGGACGGCAGAGGACUGGGGGGUUACAUCUUCAGCUUCGCCUCCAGCGCCACCAAGAAGAUCUCGGACUCGAUGGUGGAAACGGCUCAGAGCAUCAAGAAGACGGUGGAGGAGGGGAAGAUCGACGGCAUCAUCGACAAGACGUUCCUCGGAGACUUCCAGAAGGAGCAGGAGAAGUUUGUUCAGGAGAAGAAGUCGAAACGAUCAGAAGCAGCGGUUCCUCCGUGGGUCGGAUACAACGAGGAGGAAACCAUCCAGCAGCAGAUCCUGGCUCUGUCUGCCGACAAGAGGAACUUCCUGCGUGACCCCCCGGCCGGAGUGCAGUUCCACUUCGACAUGGAGACCAUGUGUCCUCUGGCGGCCGUGAUGCUGGAGGAGGAUCAGCUGCUCAACCGCAUGCGCUUCGACCUCGUUCCUAAGAUGGUGAAGGAGGACGUGUUCUGGAGGAACUACUUCUACCGGGUUUCUCUCAUCAAGCAGUCGGCCCAGCUGACGGCGCUGGCGGCCCAACAACAACAACAACAACAACAACACCAGCAGGACCAGGGCGACGCCGUGGACAACGUCUCACCCGAGGACGUCGUCCUGACCGAUAUCAGACCAAAGACGCCCCCGGUGUCCAUCGCUGACAAGCAGAAGUCCCCCCCUGAGGACGAGGAGGACAUGUCCACGAGUCCCGGCGUCUCCGAGUUCGUGAGCGACGCCUUCGACCCGACCGGCAUCAACCAGGAGGACCUGAGGAAGGAGAUGGAGCAGCUGGUGCUGGACCAGAAGGGCGGCGGCCCCCCCGAGUCCCCCCCCGACGACGAGUCUGCUGACUGGGAGAAGGAGCUGCAGCAGGAGCUGCAGGAGUACGAGGUGGUGACGGAGUCGGACCACAAGGACGAGCAGUGGGACCAGGAGAUCGAGAAGAUGCUGCAGGACGAGAGCUAGGGGGGUUUUCUGAGAGGGGGCUUGUCGCCACGGCAACGGCCUCGUCGUCACGGCAACGGCCCUGUGACGUCAGCAGCACCGGAGAUGAUGAAGGAGGAGAAAACGGUCCAGGCUCCACACACUAGUGAUUACUACUUUCCUAAUUAGUAACUUUCCUUCCAGCCUCUGUGUUUUGAUGGGAGCGGCUUCUCGAGGGGAGGGGGGGCAGCAGAUACUGGGGGGGGAUCUGGUCUCAUCUGGUCUCGGUUCCAGUUGUUCCAGCUGCUUGUACAGUCUUGUCUUCACCAGACAGUAAAUCCAGUUC